UGUUAAACUGUAAAUAAUUCGCCCGAUUUCUGUUUAUCAGAAAUUUUCCUGAGAUAAAGGAUUCAAAGAGUUAAGCUACACCCAGAGAUUAAAUUAAUUCUGCAAAUCUGGAUGAUACCAGGGAGAAAAUGAUUGCCGCCUCCGAUCCACUGGAAUUUGUGCCAGGAGGACGUCAGACGGUCUCAAGACACCCUGGAUCUCUGAUCAGUCAACCUGUAUCAAAUAACCCGGUUUUCCUGGAGGACAGCGUUCUUUUACAGAAAUUUAGCAAAGUUAAUAUCUCUGAAAAACCGCCUAAAGAAUUUUGGUUAGUGCGUGACAAUGGCACGAAUGGCGAAGAGGAACUUUAUUGCUCAGGAAAGGUAGCGAUUCAUUCGAAAGGUAGUCAGUCAACAAGAGUGUUACAAAAAUCGUACACGUGUGAACACGACAUAAAACAUGCCGCCUGGUGUUCAUUUCGAACGUAUACUCUCGAACAAUUGUCGAAAAGUAAAGAUUUCAACGAUGAAGAUAUCCCAGAAAAGACAAUCGACUGUAUUUGCCUCCUUGAUACCUAUACUCUCAAAGUUUUUACCGAAACUGGUGAAGAUUAUGUUUCGAGUUUGCAGUUUCAGGUAUCUGCUGUAUGGCCAACAAAAUUUGGACUAUUACUCGAAAAGUCUGAAGUUUCGAUUCCUUCCUCUAGGUACACGUCUUUGGAAAUCAGCAGAGCCCUUUCACAUACCGAGAGUUAUUUACCAGUCGCAUUUUCUCUAAUGCACCCUUUAGAUGAAAUUUGUCCUCUGCUCAUAAAACAUGGAAGUAUAUCAUAUAUGUGCGAUUCGACUCUGAAGUUUGUCUUUACGAAUUCUGAGCCUUCUCUGGCUGUACUAUACGAUACAAAAACGGGAUUGCACUCCGUAUACAAAAUACGGAAAGCAACUGCAGAAGAAUGCCAGAUUGUUUGUGGAAGCAGCGACACCACCCCGAGUUUAUUCAAUUACUCUACGAGUUCUCCUAAAUAUAUCGGAAGCAACGCUUCCCUGAACAGAAGUGUUGCCAACAAAGCUCUGAGUCUCUUUGGAAUGCCGAAUCCACCAUUGGCUGGCAUGGGAAUGGGAAUAAACAAUAGCCCCUUUGGUUCUCGAGCAACUUCCUACGCUACAACAUCAGGAAGUGGACAAUCACCUACUCAGCAGCAACAAAUUCAUCCACAUUCUCGAUCCCAGAGUCCAAUGGCGACAAUAUCUCGUUGUCAAUCUCCCACGCAUUCAGCCUUUUCGCCCUUACCUGGUGUUCCAACGGGAACGACUGCUCAUCAGACCAGGCUUCAUCAGACAAUGUUUGGAAAUAUUUUAGGACUAUCUCCAAAUAGUCCUUGUGGAAGCUACAAUAGUAUGCAAUUCCAGGAUAUAGGAACAACUCCGAGCAAGCCAGUUUAUCCGGAAAUUUGUCUCGAUCAUGUUUGGACCGAAAACUCUGGCACCACAAAAGACGUAAUUGCGGGUCGGAGUUCGAAAGUGUUUUUGACUUCAGAUCUAGUCGGACAAAGCUACUUGGCAUACUUGGUUCCAAAUAGAGGCCAAAUAUUUUUGGUGCGCCUUGAAAAGGCAAAUAAACAACAGCAGAUUAUUUUUGGCAUGGUGACCAGCUUUAUGGCUAAAGAUGCUCUUAAUUUAUCCAAACUAAACAUGAUAGCGACAAUAGAUGUGUCCAAUGGAAUAACAUUAUAUUCUGGAGUGACUCCGGUCGGAAAAGUACACAUCCCGAGUAUUUUGCCAUCAUUAACAGGAUUCAAUAAAUUCGUCUCCAGUACCUGUAAAAGGCAACCUUCUCCCUUUCCGAGGAGAAGUUCUCUCCUAUCGCCGAGUUGUGCCUCUUCACGCGAAAUCAAAUUUGAGGAAGGUCUUCAUUUAUUAAGCCCUGUCGGGAAUUGUGGACAGUCUUCGAAUUUGCUUGAAACCUCCUUCAUCGACGAUAACCUCGUCGCCUUGAAGGAUUCUCUAGGAAAUAAGCUGACUCUGGAAUAUGGAAAUCAGAAUUACUUCCGAAUUACUCUUCCAUUAUCCAGCACAUCUCCCUUAGUUACAAGAUGCUUGCAAACUCUCAAGAGUGUUUUGCAGCGUGACCUGGCAAUGCAACUGCUCGUAAAAUGGUACGGAGCUCGAAACGCACCAGGUCCUCAGAAUUUCUCACCAAAACAAGAAUGGCACCUCUUUCUGGUGACUCUCUGCUCUCUACUUGGCUACGACGUUGAUAAGUUGCCUCUGAUUAAAGAAUAUGAAGCAAAUUACCUCGCCGAACUCAACAGUUCAGGCGUUGUGAGCAAAAAGCAAAAAACAAACAACAGUGGUUCUGUCGAGGAUUGGGCCUACACCUCCUUCUACAAAGACACUCAGUCCUUCGCCUCGAAUGUCCUCGGCCUGACAAAGUUUACCCAAUCCAAGAAAGAAAAUACAUCUCUCGAUUACACGACCAAUGCCGGAAGCAUCAGGAAUCAAGAGACCCUUUUUCCUUACAUUCCCCUCGUGCUUUUUUCCCUUCAUUUGCUCUACGAGGAACUCAAAUUAAAUUGCCUCAUGACGGAAAGUUUGCCUUGGUUGGCUCAACUUUUACAUCAGUUGAGUGUCGAUUUGAGAUUUGAUCUCUAUGCACAUCAUUAUUUUCUCGAUUACCCAAAACAGUGUCAGAGAAAUGCAAUUUCUCAAGUUUCGGAAGUCGAUUUGCAGAAAAUUACGCCGCCGAAUUACAUGUCGUCGGAACCGGCGUGUAUCUUUGAGACCUUGAAUAAUUUAAUGAAUCUCGAGGAAGUCGCGUCCUUUCCAUUUCUCAAUCAAGUCAAUAUUAAGACGAAGAAUAUGGUGCAAUUGUUUGCUUUGAUUGCUAAUGAGGGGAGAGUUGAGAAUUUGGACAUGGAGAAAUUUGUUAAAUUAAUCGUACCGGCUGGAAGUCGAGUUGAUCAUCAAGAUCCUGGAGCUAUUAUUAAGGACGUUCCAAGGAAAGUGGAACAGCCCCUGGCGGAGAGGAUUGUCUUGCUGUACCACGAAAUGGGGAUGAAAAAGAAGGAUUUGGAAAUCCUUCCUCCAGCAGUUGCUGUCAUAUUAAAAGAUGUGAUGCACAGGUGUAGGGAAGAGCCCCUCUCAAAUUGGGCAGCUGAUAUUUACGAGUUAGUUGAUCGUCAGGAUUUAGCUGCUUUGGAAAAACACUCUUUGCCUAUGAAGCAGACUGAUCAUUUAGAAAGUGUAAAACCUAAUUCUGCCAAGGACGAUGAUCCUGAACAGGACGAUGGUAUGGAAUUUGACGAUACUAUUCUGAAACUGAGGUUCAACAAGGAUCACAGAGUAGCAGAGUUGAGAAAGUUACUGAAUUCCUCAAAGCCUGUAAAAAUUGCUGUCGUGCAAAGACCAGAUGUGAGUGAUCAUGACUUUAUUGAAGAGCAGGAAAAACAUCUUCUCGCUCUUUGCACCAGAACGAUGGCAUUACCCAUUGCUAGAGGAAUGUUUACGCUCAGAACCGCAACCCCGAUUAUUACUGAGCAGCUUCCAAUACCAAGAUUAUGUCUUACAGGAAAAGCUCCGCCACGUGGAACGACAGUUGAACUGGGCCACAUCGAAGUUCCGCCGAAUAUGAAUCUCUGGCCACUUUUUCACAACGGAGUUGCAGCGGGUCUUCGAAUUCACCCAGACUCGUCGAAUAUUGAUUCAACCUGGAUUGUUUACAACAAACAACAGCAGGGAGAAUUCGGCGUUGAGCAUUCUGGAUUCCUGAUGGCUCUCGGCUUAAAUGGACACUUGCAAAAUCUCGCUCCCUUCAGCAUGUAUGAAUACUUAGUCGAAUGCCACGAGGCGACUAGCGUUGGUCUUCUUCUGGGACUUUCUGCAACCCAUCGGGCAACAAUGGACGUCUCUAUGACGAAAUUGUUGUCCCUUCAUGUUGAGACCUUGCUACCGCCCACUAGCAUUGAACUAAGUGUUCAGCAAAAUGUACAGGUCGCGGCUUUAAUGGGCGUUGGUCUCGUCUAUCAAGGGACUGCCCACAGGCAUAUUGCUCAUGCUCUUCUGUCAGAAAUUGGCAGACCUCCUGGUCCAGAAAUGAAAAAUUGUGUCGACCGAGAAUCCUACUCCCUAGCUGCUGGUCUAGCUUUAGGAUUAGUGGUUCUUGAAUGUGGAGGCGGAUGUGAUAUAGGAAAUAUUCCGGAUACCCUACAUUAUUACAUGGUUGGAGGUAACGUAAGGCCUUUCAUGGGAGCUCAAAAGGACAAAUACAAGUCGCCUAGUUAUCAAAUACGCGAAGGCGAUUCGAUAAAUAUCGACGUAACGAGUCCUGGAGCUACGAUUGCUUUGGGUCUGAUGUAUUUCAACUCUGGCAACCGGGCCGUUGCUGAAUGGAUGCGCGCCCCGGAUACACAAUAUUUAUUGGACUUUGUGAGGCCCGAUUUACUGAUGCUUAGAAUUUUAUCGAGAUCUUUGAUUCUUUGGAACGAAAUCGAGCCUACUAAAGCCUGGGUUUCUAGCCAUGUUCCAGAAAUUGUUUCCAAGUACAAACUAAUGAAACCUUCACCUGAAAUUACAGAGUCGGUUGAUUUAGAAACUAUGAAUCAAGCCUAUUGCAACAUUAUUGCCGGCGCUUGUAUGGCUCUGGGAUUGAAGUAUACAGGAACAGCAAACGAAAAUGCAUUCAAAACACUUUCAAGCUAUGCAGAAAUGUUUGUUUCUCUUUCGCAGAAAUCUAUCGCAGAAUUGGCAGGAAAAUCGACGAUUGAAACUUGUUUGAAUGUCGUGAUUCUGUCUGCUUCGAUAGUCAUGGCAGGGACGGGAAAUUUAAAAAUAAUGAGGAUAUGUAGACAUAUCAGAACACGCGUCGGUCCAACAAACAGCGUCGUUACCUAUGGUUCUCAUUUAGCGACACACAUGGCUUUAGGAUUUUUAUUCCUUGGAGGUGGAAGAUACACACUUUCAAACAGUCCAAGUGCAAUAGCAGUUUUGAUAAUAUCCCUCUUUCCUAAAUUUCCUACUCACAGUAACGACAACAGAUAUCAUCUUCAAGCUCUGAGGCAUUUAUACGUCUUGGCAGCCGAGCCAAGAUUGCUUCUUCCCCGAGAUAUCGACAAUACGAAAUAUUGUUACGCGUCUGUCAGUUUGACAUUCCGAACGGAUAAAAUGUCAGAGGGUCAAGAAACUGUCAUGAAAGCUCCCUGCUUACUACCUCAGAUUGAUAGUUUGAAAAAAGUCCAAUUAAAUGACGAUAGAUACUGGAAAAUUACUUUCGAACGGGGUCAAAAUUGGAAGCAGCUGCAGGAUAUGCUUUCGAGAUGCGAACCUUUGGACGUUAAACAAAGAGCCGGAUGCCUCUCCUACUUGCAAGAUCCACACGGAUUUAAAAGUCUCAUGGCACGGGCCUUGACAACAGAUAACAUCAUUGCCUGGGGAGCGCAACCUGAACACAUCACCUCCUUUUCGAAUGACAAAACAAUAUUAAAUAUCGUAAAAUAUUUCCUCGAUGGAACCUCGAGGGAGAGAUUUCAGGACGAAAUUCUGCAGGACGUUUACUCAUACAAAAACCAAUCAAAAACUCCCAAGCGAAUUGGAGAUUCGAUGGAUCGAACCGAUUCUAUAAGAGAUCAAUCAAGUUUUAGUAGUGACAGAAUGGACAUUGGCGAAACGUCGAUAUUGGGACAAAGCCAAGAAUGUGGCAAAGAGAGCGAUAUUAAGGAUAAUUUGCAGGAUAUGUCGGAGUCGGAGAGGCACUUUUUGCAAAUUUUUGCCAUAAUCGCUUACGAGUGCGUUAUCAAGGAUAAAGUUAGUUUUCUGCCACUUUGGGUCAAUUUGUACAAGACGAUAGAGGAAAUAGGAAAGAGGCCUAGUUCCUACUUAGUUUGGCAGAUUAAACUCAUCGCUUCAAGGGUGCUCUGCGACGAUCAUUCUGAAACGACCAAUCGCCUUUUAACUUUAGAGAGUAUUUUGGCAAUUAAACAAAAGUCGGCAAUGGUUAUGGACUCGUGGGAAGAUGAACUGGAACCUUUGUUGCGCCAAUACAUAGUAAAUAAAACUGUACAGACAGGACCUGAAAAAUUGGCAAAACUCACUGCCUAUUUAGUAUUUUAUGAUGUUUUACACCAAAUUGAUCUCAAAGCCAUUUCGGAUCCGUUUGCAGCCACUAAUUUUUCAUCAAAAGUGCCAGUUGUUACUCUUUACAAGUUGUAUCAACUUUUAAAAGUGGAACAGACGUGAAAUUCGUUUCGCUUCCAUUGAUCUGCAUAGGAACAAAUUCCACAAAAUAUUGUUUCCUUACUUUUUCCUUAAAUGGAAUUAGAUUCGGAUACUCUAUGAAGCAAUAUAUUGUGCUAAAACCAAUUUUUAGAGUUUUAUAUUGUAUAGAUUAUUGUACAAAGCUUAACAAUAAAUUAGACUUUUCAUGUUA